UGGUCGUUCCGUAACGAGGAUUAGUGCAGAUUUACGCAGCGUUUUUUUCCUAGUUAAAGUCUGUGAUGCAUUUAAAAUCCACAGGGAUUUUUUUUCUAGUAGCGCUUGUUUACAGGAUUAAGCUCUCCAUUAUUUGAUAUUUAUUCUUUCUCUACUCCUAUAGAAAAAUGGAAAUCGCCACUCCUCCAACGUCGAAGUGUAUUAUAUACUGGAAAAGAAAAGUCAAGUCUGAAUAUAUGCGUCUCCGGCAGCUCAAGAGGUUUCAGGCGAACAUGGGAGCUAAGGCUCUGUUUGUGGCCAACUUUGCGAAGGUUCAUGAAAAGACCCAAAUUCUGAAUGAAGACUGGAAGAAGCUUCGAGUCCAGCCGGUGCAAUUGAUGAAGCCGGUCAGCGGGCAUCCGUUCCUAAAACAGUGUACUGUUGAGAGCAUUUUCCCGGGAUUUCCAAGCCAGACGCUGUACAUGAGGACCCUGAACACGGUGGCGCUGGUGCCCAUUAUGUACUCCUGGUCCCCUCUUCAGCAGAAUUUCAUGGUGGAGGAUGAAACUGUUCUGUGCAAUAUCCCUUACAUGGGAGAUGAGGUGAAGGAAGAAGAUGAAACUUUCAUUGAAGAACUUAUUAAUAACUAUGACGGGAAAGUUCAUGGAGAGGAAGAAAUGAUUUCAGGGUCAGUCCUCAUCAGCGAUGCUGUGUUCCUGGAGUUAGUGAACGCCCUGAAUCAGUACUCGGACGAGGAAGAGGAAGGACACAAUGAUUCUGAGGUUAAACAGGAGGAUGGGAAAGAGGAGCUGCCAGUCACAAGGAAAAGAAAGCGAAUUGCAGCGGAAGGUAACAAGAAGUGUUCAAAGAAGCGGUUUCCAAAUGACAUGAUAUUCACUGCUAUUUCUUCUAUGUUUCCUGAAUAUGGCUUCCCAGAUGAUAUGAAAGAGAGGUACCGGGAGCUGACGGAAGUGUCGGACCCGAACGUGCUGCCGCCGCAGUGCACUCCCAACAUAGACGGGCCGUGCGCGAAGUCGGUCCAGCGGGAGCAGUCCCUGCACUCCUUCCACACCCUCUUCUGCCGCCGCUGCUUCAAAUACGACUGUUUUCUGCAUCCUUUUCAUGCUACUCCUAAUGUGUACAAACGAAAGAAUAGAGAGACCAAGAUCGAGCCAGAUCCUUGCGGAGCAGACUGUUUCCUCUGGCUGGAAGGAGCCAAGGAGUUUGCUGCGCUGCACAACCCCAGGUCCAAGUGCUCGGGCCGGCGCCGCCGGAGGCACCACGUGGUGGGCGCUUCCUGCUCCAACACCUCGGCUUCCGCCGUCGCUGAGACGAGGGAGGGCGACAGCGACCGAGACACGGGCAACGAGUGGGCCUCUAGCUCCUCGGAGGCAAACUCCCGCUGCCAGACCCCCACCAAGCAGAAGCUGAGCCCGGCCUCCUCCCAGUUGUUUGCGGUGGAGACGCCGCAGGAGCCCGUCGAGUGGACGGGAGCCGAGGAGUCGCUCUUCCGCGUCUUCCAUGGGACCUACUUCAACAACUUCUGCUCAAUUGCCCGGCUGCUGGGAACAAAGACGUGCAAGCAGGUCUUUCAGUUUGCAGUGAAAGAAUCACUUAUAACAAAACUGCCAACAAACGAAUUAAUGAAUCCAUCCCAGAAGAAGAAAAGGAAGCACAGGCUGUGGGCUGCGCACUGCAGGAAGAUUCAGCUGAAGAAAGAUAAUUCGCCUACCCAGGUGUACAACUACCAGCCCUGUGACCACCCCGAGCAUCCCUGUGACAGCUCCUGCCCUUGCAUCAUGACUCAGAAUUUCUGUGAGAAGUUCUGCCAGUGCAACCCCGACUGUCAGAACCGCUUCCCAGGCUGCCGCUGUAAAACCCAGUGCAACACCAAGCAGUGCCCGUGCUACCUGGCCGUGCGGGAGUGCGAUCCGGACCUCUGCCUGACCUGCGGGGCUUCGGAGCACUGGGACUGCAAGGUGGUCUCCUGCAAGAACUGCAGCAUCCAGCGAGGUCUCAAAAAGCAUUUGUUGCUGGCACCAUCGGAUGUUGCUGGCUGGGGGACUUUCAUCAAGGAAUCUGUGCAGAAGAAUGAGUUCAUCUCUGAGUACUGUGGUGAGCUUAUUUCACAGGAUGAGGCUGACCGGCGAGGGAAGGUCUAUGACAAGUACAUGUCCAGCUUCCUCUUCAACCUCAACAACGAUUUUGUUGUUGACGCCACCCGCAAAGGAAAUAAAAUCCGCUUUGCCAAUCACUCGGUGAACCCCAAUUGCUAUGCCAAAGUCGUGAUGGUGAAUGGAGACCACCGGAUAGGGAUCUUUGCCAAGAGGGCCAUCCAGGCGGGAGAGGAGCUUUUCUUUGAUUACAGGUACAGCCAGGCAGACGCCCUGAAGUAUGUCGGCAUAGAGAGGGAGACAGAUAUCAUCUAGGCUCUGUGCGAGGCGGUCCCCAGCACACCUUGCUGCUGCACCUUGUAAGCAAUGCCAUGUUUGCUUCACGCUGACAUGACUGCUGCUGUUCCCGUUGCUGUGUGUGUCACAAGUGCUACUUUCCAUCCAGACGCCCGGAGAGAGACUCGGGGCAGGAGUGUGAGCGGCUGCUGCCCAGGUAGCAGCUUUGCCAGCCCUGGGCUGGGGCAGGCUCUGGAGCCUUGCUCUGCGGGUGGUCUCCCGGGCUGGAGGGAGCCCGUGGACCAAGGCAGCUGGGGCUUGAAGGAAAGCUGUGGUGUAGGAGGAGGGACGGCCACGAAUUCUCAGUCUCUUCCCAUUUUCUGCCCACUGCUGGAAGAAUAAGAGCGAGCGAGGUCCUGCCUGCACCGAGACCCGGGGCACAGCUGGGGGGCAGAGGGGCUGGUGCUCCCCUCCAGCCCUGUCCCCUGGGAUAGGCUCUGGUCUCGGGUGCUACCUCUUGCUGCCUGUUUUGUCCUGUUGACGAGGACAGCGACAGGGUUGGAAGCCAUAAGACAUGGCUGCAGUGGUCCCUGGGCCCCAGGCUGCUGUCGCUGAGGCUCUGUUUCUCCUCUGCCCUGGCUGGCUGGGGGACAGAGACCACCUGGCUGUGGUUGGCGUGGCACGAUGCCUGGGGAUGGGGAGAGCAGCACUAUGCAAAAAGUCACUUUGGGUAGGGACGCCACUGAGCUGGUUAGAGACGAUGUUACGGGGCUGCUGCUGCAAGCACAAGAGGAGUCCGGCAGCAGCGGGAACCCGUGAGCCUGAGGAAGCCCUUCCAGCCUGUGGCAUUUUCUCGUGGCUGUGGGGUGGCUGGUUGGCUCGUGGCCGUCCCCAGCGCUCUGCUGCGUGGCCCUUCUGGGGCUGGCAUGUGGAUGCUUCUGCUGGGCAACUUUGGGACCACCGGGGGGGGACUCCCGCUGACCGGCUGGGCUGCACCCAGAGCAGGAGACGGGCCUCGGCCACCCCCUGCUCUGGGCAGGCGCUUCCUGACCACGCGAUACCAGAGCUGGUUCCUCCACCCUCCUCUGUCAGGACAGUCCCUUUGGGAGCGGCACGGGCACUGUGGGAGGUGUCGGGGACUUCAGCAGCCAGCAGAGCGGGUCCCCUUGGGGCAAGAGCCUUUCGUUGCACAGGAGUUGUUGAAUGUUGCUGUGCCGAGGUUUGAACAGGGUGCAGCAGACCUGCCGCUGCCUGCAGUGACCCGGGGAAGGCUCCUCAGAAACCUGCCUAGGGGUUUCUGACGCUCUGGUCCUGUCUCUGUCCCUGGGGAUAAAGGGGAAAUGUUCUGUAGCAGGGUGAGGUUUGGCCUUAGCACCCAGUGCAAAAAGAAAAAGAAAAAAGCACUUUAAUCCUUCUCAGCCGGCAGCCGGGCCCUGUGUAGUGCUCUGGGGGUGGAGGGACCACAGAGGUCCCAGACGGCUGUUGUUCCUCAGCAGCACCUUUGCAGGGAUGUUGCUCCGGGCCUGGGAUGGGGCAGUCUGGAUGGGGGGCUCUUCCCUGAGCAGGGCCUGGGGUGACCUGAAGGAUGGGGCUGUCUCCUAGGAGCCACGUAUGCUGCCAGCCGACUGCCUGGCCUGAUGCUGGGUGCUGGAGGGUGCUUGGCCGAGCGUCCAGCGCUGGGCUCCUGGGAUGGCCCGAGGAGCCUGGCUGAGCCCUGAUGUGGCACUGAGGGGGCCGGAGCCCCUCACCCCCUUUAGGGGGGCAGUGGCGCGGAGGGUGGGCAGCGUUUGUCCGGGAGCACCGCACAGAGGUGAACAGCACUGGGGCCCUCACCCUGCAUCUUUGGGGAACCAUGGGGCUCCCAAGGCGCAGCCCCGUCCCAGCCGUGUGGUCCACGAACGCAGAGAGGUGCUGGGUCUGCCCCGGGAGCCGAGCCCUCCCUGGCACAGCUGUGUGCCAUGCCUUUCCCAGCCUCCCCCUGUGGCAGGUGAGGCUGUUCCUCCGUCCGUCCUUCCUGCUGUCCGUGACGCCCUCCUGGGGCUCAGAGGGGUUUGGGUCUGUCUGGAGCAGCACUUGUACCCUGGCACCUGCCUGAGCCCUGCUCCCUGUCGCCUCCGUCCGCCCGGCUCCCCCCCCCCGAGCCUGCUCUCAGCUCAGCGUCCUCUGCCACUUUGGCCAUAUCUGCACUACGCCAGGCUUGUGUCUGUGGUUUGUUGACGGUGAAUAAUAAUGCACUUUAAAAAUAAUGUGGCUUGUAGCCUUUGUCAUAAUAAAGUGGUAGCGAACAUCCUCCCGCACCUUGCUGGCCUCUGUUACCCCGGGGAGCAGCUACCCUGAGCUGCAUCCAGCCCCAGCUCUCUACAUCCUGCAUCCCGCUCUGGGAGUCCUUCCCGCAGGUGCAGGCUGAGCCAUGGCGGGGGGAGAGGAGCUGCUGCCCAGGCGCGCGAAGGCUGGGGAGUGUCAAACGCCGUCAUUCUGCCUUUAUUUGAGUAUCUUCACAUCUCA